AUGGUAAAGGUCUUGGCUUUUUCCGCCAUCUGCUUAGCAGUGGUUUAUGGAUUACCUCAACAUGCUGGUGCCCGUUACCCGGCUGGAGUAAAUCCUGCACUGUGUCCUGGUUAUCCCCAUUGUGAUAAUUUGCUUCUCGCCCAGUAUGCUGUUGCCCACGCCCCAGUCGUACCAGUAGCUCCAAUUCAUUACGAUCAUCACGAUUACCACGGAGUUGGGGGCGCCAAGUUAAUACCAGCUGGAGUUGACCCAUCAACCUGCCCAAAUUAUCCAUACUGCGACAACACCAUUGGAGCAGCUUACCACGCUCCUCCAUUACCAGGAUUUGCCCACAGACUUUAUCCUGAUGGAGUAUCUGCCUACAAAUGCCCAAAUUAUCCAUUCUGCCAUUAA